AUUUUUAUGAUACGUCAACAGAAUGUAAGCGCAAAAACCUACUAGAUUAAUUCAAAGAUGUACAAAAAUUGAAACUGCAUAUUAUUAAUUUUAAAAAUGAAAAAUCAAUGAAUAUUGAAUUAAUUAAUUUUCAAAAUGAAUAGUCAACCAAAUGAAUUGAAUAAUGGUCAACCAAAUGAAUUGAAUAAUAGUCAACAGAAACUACUAAAUGAUUUAAAACAAAUCGAAUCGCUUCGUUUGGCACAGUUUUUGACUACUCACGAUGGACUUCAUCCUUCACCGACAGCUACAACUCGCGUUAAACGUGAUUUAAAAGCUUUAUUUACGGAUCCACCACCGGGAAUUUUUGUGACAAGCGAUGAAUCCGAUUUUAUGACAGUUCAUGCAUUAAUUAUUGGUCCUUAUGAUACUCCAUAUGAAGGUGGUUUCUUUUAUUUUAUUUUAAAAUGCCCAGCUGAUUAUCCAAUUCAACCUCCAAAAGUGCGUUUUAUGACCACGCAUUGUGGAACGGUACGAUUUAAUCCGAAUUUAUAUAAAACUGGAAAAGUUUGCCUUAGUAUACUUGGGACAUACGAAGGACCUGCAUGGAGUCCGGCCCAACAAUUAUCAAGUUUGUUAAUAUCUAUACAGAGUUUAUUAAAUGAAAAACCAUAUCAUAAUGAACCGGGUUUUAAUAACGAAUUGUGUGUAGGAGAUGCAAAACGUUACAAUGAAAUUAUUCAACAUGAAACAUUGCGAGUGGCUGUGAUCGGUAUGGUAUUAAAUGAAACGUCAUUAUCCAUACCAACAUGCUUUAUUAAAGUCAUGGAAAAAUCAUUUUUACAAUUUUAUGAUCAUUACGUUGAAACUGCUAAAAAUAAUUUGCAUUUGGAUGGACAGAAAAUGGUGGAUCCAUUUCGCGAUGAACGUGGUACAUUUCAAUAUAAAUUAAUUCUAAAACGAUUGGAAGAAUUACAUGCAAAAAUUUCAGAGAAACAUAGUUUAUUACCCGAAGAACCAUCAUGUAGCAUUGUAAAUGUACUAUCAAAUGAUGAUAAACAAGAUUCUCCAGAUUCCAGUGAUUCCUCAUUAUCAGCAUGUAGCUCCAGUGAAUUACCGAUUGAAUUGUGAUCAAUAUUUCUCUUAAUGAUUUUAAUCAAACUUCAUUAAUGAUAUAAAUUAAGUGAUUAUUUUAAAACAUGUUGAGAUAAAGUCUCUAUUUAAUAUUUUUA